CGUUCUUCCAAAUAUUGCCAAAUCUAAUGAAUACCAACGCUAAAUCAAUUCAAAUAGAGAUCGAUAUUUGAAUAGGUGCGGCACAAUUUGUCUCGUCAUUCUUGGGAAACGUAUUGAAUCGUCAUUCACACACAUAGCUCCAGAGAUUGAAUCGGACAUAAAGUACUCGUUUUCUAGUUUCAGAAGAAAAAAAGUUGAAGAACUAUUGCUGAAUAAGUGCAACUGCCUGCCGAUUACAAUUUUGUGUUAGUAUAUAUAGGCCUAAUUAUAUACCCACACUCCUGACAGUUCCAGCUUUGCAUCUCAAGCCGGGACAUUUCCUCUCGUGAAUCUAUCCUCAAAUUCCCGGGUCGAGACACCAGCUUUUACACAUCUCGAUGAUGUCGAUUGAUACAUCAGCUUUGGGCAUGACUGACGACAUGAUCACGGAGAAAACGGUGAUCGAUGACACCGACGGUGUACACGACCUCUUGCCCGACGUCGUCCACACCGCAAUGAGAGGGAUCGCAGGGGGCUUGGGAAAGAUUGGGGACAGCGUCGAUGAGUUGGUCGACGAAAUAACGGACAGUUUUAAUCACGUCAUGAAAUCGUUUGCGUUCAGCAUACCGUUUAAUCAGGAGAGCGUGCCAGCUGCAGUCAACGAUGAGAACCUCGGCAACAACAUUCAUUUACCAAGUCUUUUGCCAAAUGGCGCCCCCUACCGGUUUGGUCUGCAUAUCAGGCGGGAUGAUUUGGGCUACAGAAUCGCCAGAAUCUUCAAGAAUACAAUCGCACAUCAUGCCAAGCUUGAGGAGAACGACAUCCUGACUCAUCUCAAUGAUGUUGACCUUUCUGCGACAAACAUUGUAAAGGUCAUUUCCCUUUUCUCAAGAGUUGGAAACCCGUUUUCACUGACAAUUCUCCGAGAAUUGGAAUCGUGUGAAAGAAUAGAGAUCGUCAUUCAAAUCACCAUUGAAAUAAACGAUAUCGAACAGUCCAUCGACUUCAAGGUCACAGUCAGGGGUACACAUUACAUCCGGGACACCAAUGAUACAUUGACAACCUAUUACAUCACUCAAGACCCGGAUGGUGAAUCGGAGCAAUACGUCAACAUGGAAUCGAAUGGCAGUUUGGUCAUGGGCUCCGAUCAAAAUGCUGCCUCGUUUGUUUUGGAGAAGUACUUCACGAUCUUCGCUGAUGAUUCGUUCCCAGUGAUCCUCAAAACGUCCGAUGGCAGACGUGCAUUUAGUUUCACUCAAGAAAGGAUGAUGCCGUUUAAUCUAAGGCAGAUAAGGAAUUAUAUGAUGAAUGCUUCAGUCGAUAAUGACGGAUCCUCUGUGUUUGAGCAGUUGUGCAGACAAGGUAAUGAAGUUUAUGGUGUCAGCAACCGAAACUUCCUGAAUAAUUCUGAUGGCCAGAUCGUCGUGUCAGCAUUUGAAGACCGCGACUCCGUGUCGACGACGGCACGAUUCGUCUUAUAUUCGGCGGAUGAGGAAUCAACUCGUACGUCCUCAACCGGAAGUGACGAAGAAGGGCCGAGGCACUCGAAUGGACGACCGCGACCGUAUUAA